AUCCGUCACAGGAACUUUUACGAGAAGUGCUGGAGAAACCUGUGCUGAGACUGGUCCCUCAUAUUGGCUAUGUCAGCCUUUUCCCCUUUAUGGGUAGGCUUAUACCAGCUGAUUCAUGGAUAUUAGAGAAACAGCUUGAUCUAAUCUCAGACACAAGUACUCUGUGGACUAAGUUUGGACUCAGAUCCCUUGCCAAAACAAGCUCAAUAUACAUGAAACGAAAUACUGAGCAUGACGCACCAUAUUGGAGAGGGCCAAUUUGGAUGAAUAUGAAUUAUAUGAUUCUUUCAGCACUAAACUAUUAUUCUCAAGUGGAUGGACCAUAUCGAGAUCGAUCAAAGACCAUAUACACCGAAUUGAGGAACAACUUGAUUCAAAAUGUGGUGAAGAACUAUAAGCAGACCGGCUUUUUGUGGGAACAGUACGAUCAAAAGAAAGGGAAGGGAAAAGGCGCACGACUGUUCACAGGCUGGACAUCACUUACAGUAUUGAUCAUGGCUGAAUCCUAUAGCGAGUGUUAGGAUGCUAACUGAAGUCUUACACAAGAUGCAAUGCUUCUUUUUUGGACUGGUUGCCAACUGACUGCACAUAUAUUUAGAUGGUGGGAUGACUAAUCGGUAGCUCAACUAGCUAAGUUUUGCAAUCUUAUAGUUACUGGUGUUUUGUGGCAGAUGUACGAUAAAUGGACUUGUAUGAAGCAAUUCAAUAAUUACUGAUUUAUAUCUUUUGUUAUUGCUGAUGUUUUUCACGGAUGAAAUAACUUAUGGAGUAAAAUUAAAGCUU